AUGGCGUUCGCUCAUUACCUGCUCGCAGUUCCCGUUGAACCCUCCCCCAACUUCCCAAAACCUCCCACAUCGAACCCACCUUUGUCGAUUUCCUCACACUGUUUAAACCUCUCUGCCACUCUCCGCCCCAAAACUCACAAACUCUCACUAUUCGCCAGGCUUCGCAGGAUCGGUCACAAAGCCAAGGCUAAGCCGCAGGAACCUGAAGUCAGUGUGGCCAGUGAUGCUUUCACAGAAUUCAAGCAUCUUCUUUUGCCCAUUACUGAUAGGAGUCCCUAUCUCUCUGAGGGUACAAGACAAGCUAUUGCAACCACCUCUGCUUUAGCUAAGAAGUAUGGAGCUGACAUUACAGUUGUCGUUAUUGAUGAACAGCAAAAAGAGUCCCUGCCUGAGCAUGAGACUCAACUAUCCAGCAUACGUUGGCAUCUAUCUGAAGGUGGAUUGAAGGACUAUAACUUGCUAGAGCGGCUUGGUGAAGGGAGCAAGCCAACUGCUAUCAUUGGUGAUGUUGCUGAUGACCUUAAUUUGGAUUUGGUAGUUAUUAGCAUGGAAGCAAUUCAUACAAAGCAUAUAGAUGCAAAUUUGCUUGCUGAGUUCAUUCCCUGUCCUGUGAUGCUUUUGCCAUUGUAA